AUGGGGAGCGAGGACAACAGAAAAAGAUUGCAGGCGAAGUUGCGGCAAUUGAUGAGUAGCAUUGUGGAGGACGAUGACACCUCGCUAUUAGCCUUCGACGAUGCAAUCCAAGCUCUUAAUACUCUCAAGGAUUUUAAAUACUCUUUAAACUUUGGCAACUUAACUGUUCCCCCAGAGUUAAGAUGUUCCCUCUCUGGUCGCUUCAUCACGGAUCCUAUUUUCUUGACCAACAAAGAGACUUAUGAUCGGAAAUCGAUUGAGAAGUGGAUGGAUGAUGUGAACAGACUUUGCGAUCAGACAAAGCGAAUCCUUUCGGACUGUGCUCAUACUCCCAACAAUUCAGCCCAAUGCUUGAUUUCAAAGUGGUGUGAAGAGAAUGGAGUUGUGUUAGACGACAGGGAUUAUGCAAAACUAACUGAAGACCACAAGCACCGCUUGCAUUCUUCGCUUUACCAGUUGUCACUCUCUGAACCUCAACAGUUAAAAGCUGCAAAAGAGCUUCGCCAGCUAACAGCGCGAAUCCCACCAUUUCGAGAACUUUUAGGGAACGAAGAAGUGAUUCAUCUCUUGCUCAGUCCAUUAUCAGGUGGCAUUCAUGGUGUUCAUCCUCAAAUCCACGAGGACUUGGUUACAACCGUUCUAAAUGCUUCAAUUCUUGAAGACAAUAGAAAAAUAUUUGGAAAGGAUGAGAAGAUCAUUUCCUUGCUCAUUGAUUCUGUGAGAUCAGGAACCAUCGAAGCAAGAAGCAAUGCAGCUUCAACCAUUUUCUUGCUGUCAUCCAUUCAAACCAAUAGGCUCAUCUUUGGAUCAUGUGACGCUUUGAAACAUUUGGUGGAGCUGUUAGGUGAGGAAAAUGAAUCAGCAAUGAAAGCUGCAGCUUCGGCUUUAUCGAACCUAUGUUUGGAAGAUGUAGUUAAAGAGUGGAGUGUAGAAGAAGGGAUAGUGGAUGUUAUUAUUGACAAGAUCACAGACAACAUCCAAGUCAAACAGAUGAUGUCUCUACUUGCACUUCUCGCUGACCAUUUAAGUGCUGUUCAGGCACUGGCUGAUAAUGAUGCUGUUACCUUACUUCUCGGUGUGAUAAGGGACAACACGGGGCCAAGCAUCAAGGAAUACUCUAUUUCGAUUCUCUAUAAGAUCUGUCAAGUGUAUAAUAUAAAAUUGCUAGAUAUUAAUGACGAGGAAGAAGCAUACCGUUCACUCUCUAAUCUUGCAGAAACUGGGACUCCAAGGGCGAAGAGGAUAGCCAACAUUGUUCUUGACCUGCUCAAAUUACGCCCCUAG